AUGUCAUAUAAAAUUGGUGCGGUGUGUGCUGUUGCUGGAUGCAAUAACUACAAACAACAAGAAGACAGCAAAUCAUUCUUUAGAAUGCCAAAAGAUAAAAAUAUCUUGUUUCGUGGCUCUGUGCCAACAAUUAAUUUGCAAAAUAAGCCAAAUAUGUUAAAAAGAACAAUUACAGAUGAAACAGUUGUUCAAGACAGCCCUAAGAAGAAGAUAACUAUGGAAGCUACAGAUAACGAGAAUACAAUUUGUAAAACAUCAAGUAGUGAAACAUCAAGUGACUUACAAUCACUUAAUAAUUUGUCGCUUAUUACAAAUGAAAUAGUUGUUCAAGACAGGUAUAUUAUAUUUUUUGUUAUAUUUUAA